AUGGCCAAGGCAGGAAGACAUAUCCCUCUCCGCUCCAAUGCUGCUGUCACCUCCAGCGUCAUCACACAGUAUGUGGACCAGUAUGUGGACACAGGAAGCUGCAAGUGGCAACAAGCUCCGAACUCCAGCCAGCUGCCGGUGACGGCGUUCGAGGCCUUUGACCUGGAGGUGAAGAGCUGGACGCGCUACCCGUGCAUCCCCAGCCGGCGAGCCUUCUCCAGCUGCGCGGCCACCGAGACAGCCUUCUACAGCCUGGGGGGCCUCCAGCAGCCCGGCCCCCACAACUUCUACUCACGGCCCCACUUCGUUAGCACCAUGGAGGAGUACCACACAGAGCAGGGUGUUUGGAUGAAGCCCACGAGGAGUUCCCGCAUGAGGGAGAAGCGCGCCGACUUUGUGGCCGGUUGUCUUGGUGACCGGGUCAUCGUCGCAGGGGGGCUGGGUAACGAGCCGACCCCGCUGGCCUCGGUGGAGAGCUACAACCAGGUGAAGAGGAGGUGGGAGUACGUGGCGCCCCUCCCCAGCCCUCGCUGCUCCUGCACCCCCCUCCAGACUCCCAGCAUGCUCUUCUGCAUCGGCGGGGUCUCCCAGGGGCCCAGCAAUGCCGUGGAGGCCCUCUGUGUGAGAGAGAGUGUGUGAGGCGCGCAGGCCGCCAGAAGUGACACUCAGGGCCCCAGCAAGGCCCGCUGUCUGAGAGAGAGAGUGUGUGUGAGUGUGGUCGUCUGACACACACACAACUCAUACAAACUCAUACACUUUGGCUUGAGAUGGGAAGGCCCUCUGUCUGAGAGAGUGUGUGGUCUGACACACACAACUCAUACAAACUCACACACUUUGACGUCAGAUGGGACACAAACCUACACACUGACAGUGCAUCUCUCCAGUCUCUCUUGCUCUGCUACAACACAAGUGUUUAUGUGAUUACAGAGUCAAAGAAAAUCAGGAAAAAGCAGACGGCACCAGACUUUUGAGUGAAAAUGAACAAAACACCUGUCUGGCCUUUUGAACAGUGAAAAGGAAAAUGUGCUGUAUUAAGAGACCACGACUCCCUGAACAUGAUCACCCCUGAUGCUCCUGAACUCUGGAAGUCUCUCACAAGCAAGGAAGCAAAAAUGAACUAAAUUUAUGAAUAAAUGAAAAUGUAAAAGUGAUCUGUACCCCAAAAACGAAACCCAAAAAUCAACAAGAACAGACAACAUUACGGACGCCUUUGAACAGCGAGGCACUUUUCAGGAUCAAAGCAGGGUACUUUUCUGGAAACAAAAAAAUAACAACAAACUGAAAAGGAACUAAGGGCCAUAUCUCUCCGAAAGCCACUUUAGAAACCUGUCGACAGUGGCAGCUUUAGCACUUUUUCUAUUCACCUGAGAGAAAUCAAAAGCGAAAAAGCAAACACAGAAAACAGCAAUGGUGAUUAUGGGGGAAAGUUCUUAUGAAAAUACAUAAACGUAGGCUAUGUA